ACCCACACCUCCGCACACCCGACCACUGCGCCCAGCGACACCCGGCUGCCGCCUGCGAGAUGGCGUCGUUCUGGCGGACGCAGCGCCACAUGCUGCAGGUCGCCCGGCCCAUCGCCGUCCGCAUGGCGCAGGUCGUGUGCGUCAGCAUCCUCAUCGGCGACAACGUGGCGCAGGUGCAGCGCGCCGAGGGCACGUCGAUGAUGCCGACGCUGGCGCUGCGCGGCGACAUUGUCGUCGUCGUGCGGCCGGCGCUCUGUGCCCGCUGGCGCGCCUGGCGCGGCGAGACGGACGCCGGCGGCGUCAAGGGCAAGGGCAAGGGCUCGAUGCUGCGCCUCGGCGACCUCGUCGUCGCCACGUCCGUCACGCACCCCGACCGGCAGGUGCUGAAGCGCGUGCUGGGCCUGGAAGGCGAUACAGUGCUGCUCGAUCCCCGCGCAUCAUCGUGCGAGACGGAGCCGUGGCUGGACAGCACGCGCGAGGAGGACCUCGACGAGGAGGUGGGGCCGCCCGAGCACGGCGCGGCCCGCUACAUCACGGUGCCGCGCGGGCAUAUGUGGCUUGUCGGCGACAAUCUGCCGAUGUCCAAUGACAGCCGGCACUAUGGGCCAGUGCCACUCGGCCUGCUCAAGGGCGUCGUCGUCGCCAAGGUGGUGCCCGAAAUGCACUGGCUCGGCUCAAAUCUCGAGCCGCUGCCGUAGUCUCUGCUCCCUGCUGCAUCUCGCCUCUGCGCCACAUCUGUAUUCUGUAUUCUGCAUCCGACCCCUGCAUCGCUCCACAGCACACGCAUAAUCAAGCCCGCUCACGUCACACUGAUGGGUGGUCAUUGCGGGGUUAGGGUGUGGCC